UCUCCUUUCUUUAGAAAGUCCUUCUUGAUCUUUCUCUUGUUCAUCCAUACCAAAAUAUGGGUAUCCGUCUGCCUGCUAUUCUUCGUGCUAAGCAAAUUCUUCAGAGGUCUCCUUCUGCAGACCAAACAGCUUCAGUAGCCAUGGAUUUGCCAAAGGGCUACCUUACUGUCUACGUUGAAGAAAAGCAAAAGAAGCGAUUUGUGAUUCCGAUAUUAUACUUGAACAAACCUUCAUUUCAAGGCUUUUUAAUCCAAGCUGAAGAAGAAUUUGGAUAUGAUCAUCCAAUGGGUGGUCUUACAAUUCCCUGCAGUGAAAACAUCUUCAUUGAUGUCAUUUCUUCCUUAUAAUUGUUCUUGAAACUGAACACAAUUUUGUAAAGAAUAGAAUUACAUGUA